AUGAGUAACACUGAAUUGAUUCCAAUUGUUGACUAUUUGCGAGUUAAUGCAACUCUUCACGAAACACAUUUAAAAAGUAUUCGUGAUCUCUAUCGACAACUGUUACAUCUGUCGGAUAAUCUAGCUAUGCCAGAUGAUCCGGAUGAAAACGCGAUUACUGAAGUAGCUCGUCAGCUCAAUCUGCGUGUCGAUACAUGCAAAAGUCGCGAUUAUCUGCGCGAUUGUGUCAGACAUGAAGAUAUCAGUGAUGCCAGAUUGGUUGUUUCAAGCAUGUUGGUCGCUGAAGAGGAGCCACUGGAUGAAUGGGAAUACACUUUCAGUCCAUUUAUCCCUUCUCCGAUUACUCGACUACCAUCGGCACAAGUGGCAAAUGAUUUCAUACUUGUUGUCGAUAUUGAUUGUUCGUUAACCAUUAAAAUGCGAACUCCCGAAGUGCACCAAUUUAUUCACUCAUUUCUACUACAAGAAAUCGAAGAAUCACAUCAGCCGUCUACUCAUGUUAUUGAAUCACAUGCAACAUUUCGUUACGACGAACAGUUUCUCCUUGACAAUGGUUGUCUACUCUACUAUUUUGUCCGAGAACGAUUACGCGCUCGUGGCAUAAUCACAUCAGUUGGUCAUCGAAAUUCAGCUCGUUUUCGACUGAUCGAACCUGUGAGCUUGACUGAUGAUUGUGGCUCAUGGCAAUACGACCAUUGGCGGGGCCUAUUCGAUUUAGAGCUGACCCCACAUGGCACGAAUACUCGAUUUCCUGUCCGAUGGCGUUUAGCAGACAAUGCACGCAUCCAUUGUCGCUUGAAUUAUUCUCAUUCAACAAGGAGAUUAUCGACUAUAUCGUUUGGCGAUCAACCACGAACGGAAUCGCUCGAUGCAUUCGUGCAUGAUGUAUGUGCUUUUGAAAACAAUGGUCAAGGUGAUGCAUGGUUAAAUGCCCUUGUCCACGAAGAUAUACUCACCUUUGAACAUUUGGCCAAUUUGCGUCAGUCCGAAUGGUAUAAUAUUCACAAAUUGUCGAUAAAUGCUAAGAAAACGCUAAAAUCAGCCGUUGAUCGGCAACAAAAAAACGUUACUGAUAAAUGUUAUCAACGAAAAUCCGAUGAUUUUGGUGAAGAAUACAGCAGCGAGAUGAUGGACGACAUCGCAAGUAAGAGUCUAGAUCGUUUUGAAGAAUUAAUAAAUGAUUGA